AUGGCCCAAGAGCAAAGUGCCCUCCAGGCGCAAAAGACACAUGGCAGGCGGACUUGGCAUCAAGCAGCGUCGCGAUCUCGAGCUACUACAAAAACAUUCGAAUUUAUUGCCUCUCAUUCUGUUGGAAGACCUCAUCCAAAUGUCAGAAAACUCAUCAGAAGCCACGUUAUGCUCGGGAAGAACAUAAAAAAGCACCACGCCGAAAAGGUUGAACAUGAGCCGUCACGAGUAGCUAAAGUCGUAGAAUUCAGCGAGAGCGGGAAGACCGCGACAUCGACAGUAUCGACCAAAUUGACUAUUUCUACAAACCAGUCACAAGUUGCUGCCGAUGCUAUUGUAUUCAUCGUACCCCGUGCAGAUCCUCUAAACAGUUCCUCACAGGCUCUUCUCUACAAAUAUUUUACGACUGUCAAGGAAACAAUGUAUCCUGCCAAUUGUAUUGACCUAAGAUGGUCUCUGAAAACUGGCAGCCACUCGACUUUCUACAAUGGCGAAUUAUCCUGGGAGGCGCUCAACAUGGGCCGCGAGUGGGGUCUCAAUUUGAAAAGGUUGACCGAGAUGAUAAACUCCUCCACUGGUCACUGCUGGCCAAUGGAGGAAUACUGUGGCCAGGAUUUUUCCGUUAUUUAUCAGUGGACAAAGGUUACAUCUAUUUACAGAGAAAAGGUUGAAGUACUCAGAACUGUUCAUAAUAAGUUCUAG